AUGGUACUUCCAUUUGAGGAAUCGACGAUACUAGGGCCAAGCCCUUUGAGUGCCCAACUCUUAGAAAUCGUCAUCCACUCAAGAAAUCCCGAUAAUACAUACGAGAAGAUUCUGUUCGCAAAGCUUAUCCUCAGAGCGUUUACUACGCCUUUAGUUCGUAGCCGACAGAUCGUUAGCACAUACCACAACACUGGCUCCAUACGAUAUGCUACCUUCGAUGAGCCGGCUGCGGCUGAGGACACGGUCAAGAUAGCGCAUUCAGAUUUCUUCAGAGUGAACGAUGGUGAUCGAGACUACGUAGCCUCGAUUGUCACUGGAUCGGGAGACAAAUCGAACUGA